AUGGGAAGACACUGGGUGGAGGUAAAGGACUUUGUCCUGCUGAGGGUGAGAGAAAAUCUGCUAGAUGCAGAAAUUGAUGAGGUUCGAGAGAAAGAGAAAACCGCCAUGCUUGUGCAGCCGUCACGCCGUUUAGGUCCCAAAUUCAAACGAGGAAUAUUUGAAAAGAGAUGGGAACCUGCCCGGGCAGAGGAAGACAGUCUUGCAGAGAUCGAGAAGGCAGAGAGACGGCUCCUCAGCAUGAGCAGGGCCCCCGAGGGGACAGGAAGCUUAAGGAAGAGGCACUUCAAGGAGGCGAGAGUCAAGAGUCUGUGGAGCAAGCAAAGCGCCCAGACGCCUGUGGAGAACAGCACCACGGACAGGCAGCUCGGGAGCCCAGCCUCAAUGGAGCUGGAGCACAAGCUGGAGCAGAAGCCCAGGGCGUUAGUGGAAAAUUCCUUCCCUUCAGAGCCCUUACUCCCAAAGGAUCAUGGGAAGGAACUCUCUUCCUCCCUAGGACCGGCCCUGGUGGACACGGCUCCGGUUCCAAAAUCGCUACCCGAGUUUCUAGACAGACGGAAAGACUUGUCUGACACCAUUUUUGUUUUAGAAAGUGCAAAUGCUAAUGUGAAGAGAGCAAAGGGUUCUAACCCAAAUUUACAACCUGAAGAGAGACGUGGAAACCUUAGGAAGAAAAAAUCUCAUUUCCAGUUGAUUGCAAAGAGGCCGGUGGCAGCAUCGUCUGCAGUGAGGAGCCUGGUAAAUUCCCCUGCACAAGGGGUCUUGUCAUCUUUAGGCAACCUGAGUUACCCAGAAAGGCCCUUUUCAGAAUCAUAUACGGCUUCACAGCCUUCUACAGAAAUACCUCUGGAAGAAAAUCAGGCGGCAACAGAUAAUGUUAAAGAAAAUAUUCUCAAACUAACCGUCACUGUGCCUGCAAAAAUUAUAUCAGAAAAUAAACCUCGUGAGAAACCUACUACAGGUUCUAUUGUGUCUACAUCCAACUUAGUUCCAACCGUUCAGCAAACCAGCAAGCCACAGUCAGACUUCACUGUGGGGUCUGAUACGCAUGUUCCUUCCACAGAAGCUGCUCACCCAUCGCUCAUGUCACCAGGAGAACAGUUUGAAUCCCAUCUAAACCAGCAGCUGCGGCCCCUCAUCCCUAACAACGAUGUGAGAAGGCUCAUCUCUCACGUUAUCAGGACUUUGAAGAUGGACUGCUCUGACACUCAUGUGCAACUGGCCUGUGGCAAGCUCAUCUCCAGAACAGGCCUCCUGAUGAAGCUUCUCAGUGAACAGCAAGAUUUCAAGUUGUCCAGGACCGACUGGGAUACAGACCAGUGGAAAACCGAGACCUACAUCAAUGAGAGCACAGAAGCGCAAGGGUCUGGAACCAAGUCAGCUCACAAAAGAAGUUCCAGGAUACAGUGUUAAAAACAAGCUCAUCUAUGACUGUAGCAGUGACCAUUUUAACUAACACUUCCUGUCUCACUGGAGUAAGGACGAUUCCAGGAAGAAAUUUCCAGAAAGAAAAAUUCACACUUUCAAAUGAUGUUUCCAAAAAGGUCAGCAUCCUCUGCAUCGAGAAGUCUCAGAAGUCCCCGUCAGGAGGGGCCUUUUCAUCUUCAGGAGACUUGAAUUCUCUGGAGAAUUCUUUGUCAGGAUUACAUCAUCUUUCAGAACCUUCUAGAACAGUGUUUUUCACCUUCUAGAGUGACCCUUUAAUACAGUUCUCAUGCUGUGGUGACUCCCCAACCAUAUCCUUAUUAUAUUGCUACCUCAUAACUAA